AUGUCAACAUUUACAUUUUUAAUUAUUGGAAAAAAUGAUAAUCCAUUAUAUGAAAUCGAAUUCCCAAUCACUGUACAAAAGAAAGAAACCUAUGUUCUUCAAUAUAUAGCACAUGGUUCUUUAGAUAUAGUUGAAGAACAUGUUUGGAAAUCAAAUAAUAUGUAUUUAAAGAUAAUUGACAAAUUUAAUAAAGUUCAAAUUUCUUCUUUUGUUACUGCUGGUCAUAUAAAAUUUUUGUUACUCCAUGAAAAAAAAGAUGAAGAUGCAAUUAAAAACUUUUUUGUUGAAGUACACGAUCUUUAUUUAAAAAUACUAUUAAACCCAUUUUAUGAAUAUAAUAAACCUAUAACAUCAACAGCAUUUGAUGCAAAGGUUAGAAAAAUUGGAACAAAAUACUUUUAA